AUGAUGGAUAUAAAAGAAGUAAAAAGUGAAAUAUUAAAUAGAGAUUUUUUAAAUAAUGAGAAUUCAUUAAAUUAUGAUAAUAAUAAAAAAAGAAAAAAGAAAAAAGAAAGUUGUUUCGUAAAUUUAAGAGAAUGGACUAUUAAAGUACAAAAUAGAUAUGCAAAAAAGUUAAAAAAAGAAGAACAAAAAAAAAGCUCAGAGAAUAAUAAAAGUAAUAAGAAUUUACAAAAUGGUGAUAGCUAUAGAUCAUCAAGUUCAUCUUCCUUUAAAUCAAGAUCAAGUUUAGGUAAGAAGAUUUCCUAUUCUUCUGAAGAAUCGAAUUUUGAUUCUGAUAUGGAGCAGAGAAUAAGAAAAUUUUUAAAUUUAGAGCAAAGUAAUAGUUUAAAAAAAAAAAAAAAAAACAACCAAGAUAGCAAUAAAGAAAUUGAUGUUAUCAACAAUUCAUUAAAAAAAGAAUCAGAUAUUAAAAAAAGUGAAUUCUUGGAAAAUGAAAGUUAUAAUAAGGAAAAUAAAGAAAUAAGAAGCAAAAGUAAUGAUAAAGAAAAAAUAAUUAAGUGUAAAGAAAAUAAAAAUGAUGAAGAAAAAAAGGAAAAUGAAAAGGAAAUAAUAAAACUAAAACAGAAACUAAAGGAAACUAUAAUAGAAGAAACAGAUAAAGAUAAAAGAAAUGAAGGAAAAGAAGUAAAAGAAAGAGGAACAAAAAAUGAAAAUGAAAAUGAAAAUGAAAGUGAAAACAAAAAGGUAAUAAAAAUAAGUGAAUAUGAUACUAAUAAAAAUAAUGAGAGUAAUAAUAUUAAUAGUGAUAAAAAUUCUAAAAAAAAUGAUUUAAAUCUAACAUAUAAAGAAAAUAUAUCAUAUUCUGAUGAUAAAGUCAACAAUACAAAAAAAAAAAAAAACGAUUUAAAUGAAACAUCAAAAAAUUUAGAUGAAAAUAAUUAUAGUAAUAAUAAUAAUAUUGAUAUUAAUAAUAAUAAUAUUAAUGAUAAUAAUAAUAAUAAUAAUACUGAUAUUAUUAAUAAUAAUAGUAAUAAUAAUUAUAGUAAUAAUAAUAAUAACAAUAAUAAUAAUAAUACUGAUAUUAAUAAUAAUAAUAAUACUGAUAUUAAUAAUAAUAAUAAUACUGAUAUUAAUAAUAAUAAUAAUAAUAAUACUGAUAUUAAUAAUAAUAAAGAAAAACAAUAUAAUUCAAUAAAUUUAGAAGAAUCCGUUAUUAAAUCAAAUAAUAAUCAUUGUGAUAGAUCCUGUGAAAAUGAUAAAAUAGUAAAUAAAAUCGUAGAAGAAAAUAAAAAAGAUAAAGAGGAUUAUUAUUCCCAAAAAAAUAAAAAUCAUAAAGAAAGUAAUAAUAAAUUUAAUUUAGAAAAUUCAAAUAAAAUAAUAAAAGAAUCUACAACAAAAGAAGAAACAAAAAUAUCAAAUGAAAAGAACAAAAGAAUUUAUAAUAAUAAUUUGUCAUCUCCUUUAAAAAAAACAAAAAAUCAUAAUAAUAGUUGUGAAAAUUCAUAUAAGAAUAAUAAUAAUAAUAAAUCAUAUAGAAUUGCAAAUAGUGAGAAUAUUAUUAAAAAUGAUUAUAAAAAUAAUAAUAUAUCGGACAAUUAUGAUGAUAACAAUAAAUCAUCUGCUAAAAGAAAAAUGAAUAAUGAAUAUAAUAAUGAAUAUUAUUCAAAAAAAAAAAAUAUUAAUACAUAUAACAGUACUGAUAAAAAUGAUAAAUGCAAUAAUAAAUUAGAUCGUUCAUAUAAUUCAUAUUCGGAAAAUGAUAAUAAAAAAAACAAUAAUCACAAAAAUUCAAAUGAAUAUGAAAAAAAAAAUAUUAAGUAUCCUACUUUAGUAUCCAGAAAUGAUACUGAAAAAGUUUUCGAAUGUGAUGUUAAAAGAGGUGAAUCAUCUUGUACACAAUCUAACAAAAAAAAUCAAGAAAUGCAUUUAAAGAAAAAAGAAAUAAAUAGUUUUAGUUCACGUAAUAAUUAUGAUUCUUCUAACAAUCAAAAAAAAAGAGAUAAACAUUCUUGUGAUAGUGAAAUAGAAAAUGUGAACAGAUGUAAUUAUAAAAAUAAUUCAGGGGAUUAUGAGAAAAGAAGUAUAAAAAGUGAUCGCUCAUACAGAAAAAAGUAUUCAAAAAGUUAUAACAAAGAAAAAAUAAUAAAUGAGAAAGAUAAAAAAAAUUCCCAAGAUAAAAUAGAAUCUUGCUAUUUAAAUGAUGAAAUGACUACUAACAAUAAAUUAAGAUUAACAGAAGGUAUUGACAAAACAAAGAAUAAUUAUACGCAAAAUACUCUAAGAAAGUACAUUCAGAAUAAUGAUAUUUUUCCUAAUGAAAAAGAAAAAGAUAGAGAGAGAGAGAGAGAAAAUAAGCUAGAAGCAGAAAAAGAUAAAAAAAGGGAAAGGGAAGUAGAAAUUGAAAAAGGUAAAAAAAGAUAUAAAGAAAAAAAAAGGGAUAAGGAAAGAGAAAGAGAAAAAGAAAGAGAAAGGGAAAGAGAAAGAGAAAAGGAAAGAGAAAGAGAAAGAGAAAAGGAAAGAGAAAGAGAAAGAGAAAGAGAAAAGGAAAGAGAAAAAGAAAAAGAAAGAGAAAAAGAAAGAGAAAAGGAAAGAGAAAAAGAAAAAGAAAAAGAAAGGGAAAGGGAAAGAGAAAGAGAAAAAGAAAAGGAAAGAGAUAAGGAAAGAGAAAGAGAAAAAGAAAGAGAAAGAGAAAGAGAAAAAAGGAUUCAAAAAGAAAAAGAUAGAGAAAGGGAGAGAGAAAGAGAAGUACAAAAAGAAAAAAUAAAAGAAAGGGAUAUAGGAAAUGACAGAGAUGAUAGGAAAGAUAGAGACAGGAUUAGAGAAAGAGAAAACGAUAAAAACUUAUCUAAAAAUUUAGAAAAGAAAAAUAUAAAAAGUACUUAUUCUUCGUUAGAUUUUUUAAAAAAGAAAUGUAAUGGAGUUGAAUCUAAUAUAAAUAAAAAAAGAUUAUACAUAAAUGAAAAUAAUAAUAAUUAUGUAUCAAAAAAAAAUUAUGAUGAGAAAGUUCAUUAUGAAUAUUCAGAUAAAGACAGAUAUGUUUAUAAUUCGAGUGAUAUGCAUUCAAGAAAAUAUUAUUCUGAUAAAAUUAAAUUAAAUGAUAAAGAAAAUUGGGAAAAAAAAAUGUCAAAAUUAAAAGAAAAAUUAAUAAAAAAAAACUUAACCAAGUAA